AGCAGUGUGGGGUGUGCUUUCGCUGUACGGGGAGAACAGGGCUGUGCUGAGCUGUGUGUGACACUGCGGCUCGAACCCGCUGCCCUCAGCGUGUGUGUGUGUGUGUGUGUGAUGCUGCUUACAUCACCGGCAGCUGACUGCGUGCUGUGCCAUUGAGCGAGAGUUUGAAUGAGCGGGACACGCGUGUGAGUGUGAGCGUCUGUGUGUGUGUGAGCGAGCACUGGCUGUGCCAAUCGUUGCCCUGUCGUCUCUGAGACUCCUGCCCUGCUCAGUGCUGACCCAGGCUCCUCAGCGAUGGACCACAGGCAAUGCCGUCCGGAGGAGGGCAGGGAUCUGGACUGUGAAAUGGGCAUGUCUCUAGCUGCCUCCGGGUUCGAUCAUGGUCAUGCGAGUCAUGUGCCCACCCUUGGCUCCGCCUCCAGCUCGGAAUGCUUGGAGGCCCCCCUGUAUGAUCAUUCGGCGUUACCUGGGCAACAGCGGCCCAGGCGACCAAAGCUGCAGCACUCUCAGUCUAUCCUGCGCAAACAGGCAGAGGAAGAGGCCAUCAAACGCUCCCACUGCCUCUCAGAGAGCUACGAGCUUUCCACCGAAUUGCAAGACAAACAGGUGGAGAUGUUGGAACGUAAAUAUGGCGGCCGGUUCGUGGCUCGGAAUGCGGCCUGCACCAUCCAGACGGCCUUCCGCCAGUACCAAAUGAACAAGAACUUUGAGCGUCUGCGCAGCUGCAUGUCAGAGAGCCGCAUGCGCCGCAUCGUUCUGGCCAACAUGCGCAUGCACUUCUGCCCCGAGGGCAGCCAGGGCCCCCCAGGGGACCGGCUGGGCAGCCCGGCCCUGCACAGGCAGCCCAGCGACAGCUUCACUGAGCUGGAGGACGUCUUCUCCAAGCAGGUCAAGUCAUUGGCCGAGUCGAUCGAUGAUGCCCUGAGCUGUCCAAUCCUGCGCAGGGAGGGGGUCCCAGGUGUCCUAGGGAGGGAAGCAGCCGGACAGGUGAAGCAGAGAGCAUCCUACAGCGAUGUGACCAUGCCCUACAGCGACGUGACCAUGCCCUACAGUGACGUGACUAUGUUCAUUGACGAGGAGGACACUCCACCCCCCGGCCACUCGGUCAGCCCCUCCCCUGAUCUCUGGACACCUGGCACCCCCCCGCUGGCCCACCACGCCCCCCCCCUGGGGCCCCGCUCGCUGGACCCCAGCGAUCGCCCUCGCCGAGGGUCUGCAAAGAGGCAGGGGGCCCCUAAGCACAGAGGGCCGGCCUCGGGCGUGUGUGGGGCAGAGGACCGCCCCCCGGGCGUGUGUGGGGCAGAGGACCGCCCCCAGGGCGUGUGUGGGGAGGAGGACCGCCCCCCGGGCCUGCUGCAGCUCCGCCCCACUCAGCAGAGCCGGCCUGAGUCGGACCUCUCUGACGGAGACGACAGUCUCAACAGCACCUCCAACUCAAACGACACCAUCAACUGCAGCUCGGAGGGCUCCUCCCGCGACAGCGCCAGAGAGAAGAUCCUCACCCAGCAGAGCUACCAGAAAGAGACGCGCAACAGCUGCGACUCUCCUGCAUUCAGCAAUGACUUCAUCCGCAAGCGACACUACCGGAUCGGGCUGAAUCUCUUCAACAAGAAGCCAGAAAAGGGAAUCCAGUACCUGACAGAAAGAGGUUUUAUUCCUGACACACCUGUGGGCGUGGCUCACUUCCUGCUGCAGCGGAAGGGGCUCAGUCGGCAGAUGAUUGGAGAGUUUCUGGGUAACCGACAAAAACAGUUCAACAGAGAUGUUCUGGACUGUGUUGUGGAUCAGAUGGAUUUCUCUGUGAUGGAGCUCGAUGAGGCUUUGAGAAAAUUCCAGUCUCAGAUCAAGGUGCAGGGAGAAGCACAGAAAGUGGAGAGACUCAUUGAGGCUUUCAGUCAACGCUACUGCAUGUGUAACCCAGGAGUCGUCCGCCAGUUCAGGAAUCCAGACACUAUCUUCAUCCUGGCCUUCGCCAUCAUCCUCCUGAACACAGAUAUGUACAGCCCCAACGUCAAACCUGAGAGGAAGAUGAAGCACCAAGACUUCAUCAAGAACCUGCGGGGAGUGGACGAUGGGCAGGACAUCCCCGCGGAGAUGCUGAGCGGGAUCUACCAGCGGAUCCGGGUGGAGGAGCUGAAGACCAAUGAGGACCAUGUGUCUCAGGUGCAAAAGGUGGAGAAACUGAUCGUGGGAAAAAAACCGAUUGGAUCCUUGCACCAUGGCCUGGGAUGUGUCUUGUCCCAGCCGCACCGUAGGCUGGUGUGCUAUUGCCGACUGUUUGAAGUUCCCGACUCAAACCGCCCCCAGAAGCUGGGCCUGCACCAGCGAGAGAUUUUCCUCUUCAAUGACCUGCUAGUGGUGACAAAGAUUUUCCAGAAGAAAAAGAACUCAGUGACGUACAGUUUGAGACAGUCCUUCCCCCUGUAUGGCAUGCAGGUGGCGCUGUUUGACAACCAGUAUUAUGCUCAUGGAAUCCGGCUGACGUCAGCCAUGCCAGGUGCCGACCUGAAGGUCUUGAUCAGCUUCAAUGCACCGAACCCUCAGGACCGCAAGCGCUUCAGCAGCGACCUGCGGGAGUCCACCGCAGAGGUGCAGGAGAUGGAGAAAUACAGAAUAGAGUCGGAGCUGGAGAAACAGAAGGGUGUGGUCCGGCCCAUGGCUCAGGGUGGCGGCCUGAGGAAGGAGGGAGGGGCCGGGAACCUGGGGCGUGGCAGUCUGGACGACACCUAUGCCAUGGGGGAGGGCUAAAGAGGAGCACGCUCAGUAGCUCUCUAAGAGAUCUCUCUGACACAGGUGGACAUCAUUAGUGGACUACGGAGACAUCUUCCCUCACGGUUCCACCUGCUCACAGAUACCGCUCCCCCAAACCCUAUACCUCACACCCUAGAACCCCACCCCUAAACCCUGUACCCCACACCCUGCAGCACCCCUCAAACCCUGUACCCACACCUUACAACUAACACCCCCAAACCCUGUACCCUACACCUUACAACUGAU